UCAGCGACCCCACCACUCUGGGAAACAGUAGUCGUGGGAUGCGGAUCUGGAGUCUGAAGGAAAAGGUUGGGCAGGAGAUUGGGCUCAGGACAGGACCAGGGACUUGUCCAAGGUCACACAGCACUCUCUCCGCGGGGCUCUGCUGGAGGCACAAGCCGAUGCGUGGUUUGCCGUCUGCGGUGAUGAAGCACUAGCCAUGGGGUCAGAGGAUCUGGAUUCCUACAGCCUGCCAUCCCUUGGCGCUUCCCGAGCCUCAGUUUCCUCUUUUGCAAAAAGGGCUGAACACGAGGCAUUGUCGGGUGCUGAUUUUAAGAGUUGACUAGCCUGAAAGGCCUUGACACUUGUUAAUUGUCAGUGGAACUCACCCAUCUGUCAUUGGUGCAGAUUCCCAGAACCACAGCUGGGGGGUCUCUGAUCAACAAUGAGCUAUGAACUUCAUUGUUGGCGUCAGUCCACAACCCAGAAACCAAAAGGCUAUGCUAAUGAGGUGGGGGAGGCUUUCCGCUCCAUGGUGCCCAAAGCUGUGGUGUGGCUGAGCUACGGCGUGUCCAGCUCCUACGUGCUUGCUGAUGCCAUUGACAAAGGCAAGAAGGCAGGAGAGGUGCCAAGCCCUGAAGCCGGCCGCGGCACCAGAGUGACCCUGGCUGUGGUCGACACCUUUGUGUGGCAGUCUCUGGCCUCCGUGGCCAUCCCAGGCUUCACCAUCAACCGUCUGUGUGCUGCCUCUCUCUAUGUCCUGGGCUCUAUGACCCGCUGGCCCCUGACUGUCCGCAAAUGGACCACCACCACACUUGGGCUGCUGGCCAUCCCUGUCAUCGUCCACCCCAUUGACAGGUCAGUAGACUUCCUCCUGGAUUCCAGCCUGCGUAAACUGUACCCAUCAGUGGGGAAGCCCAGCUCCUCCUGACCCUGUCCUGUGUCCUGCCCAUGACUGGCCCGCUCACAUCAGAGAAUGUGGACACUUGGCUGUUUGGUGUCCACGACACUGGCAUCCAAGUUAUUUCAAACUAACGGAUGCUUAGAGACAAAAGCCUUGAGGAGUGUUAGCUGCAGUGAGUCCCAGAGGUGGGACCUGACCCUGUGGUUGUACUGAGUGGGAGUGGACGCUGGCUGGGCAUGUGUUCUGAAAUAUUUUUUAAGUAUUUAUUUUAUGAGUAUAAGUGUUUUAGCUGCAUGUAUGUAUGUUUGUGCACCACCCUUGGAGGUUUAAAGACGUCACUGGACCACCUGAAACUGGGAUUAGGGACAAUUGUGAACCACUAUGUGGGUGCUGAAAACUGAACCUGGUUUCUUUGCAAGAGCAGCCAGUGUUCCUAACCACAGAAGUACCUCUCAGCCUCUAGACCUAUCUUCUGAUGGAAAAGUUAGACCCUCCCAUGGAAGAGAAGGUCACUAAAGCCCAGAGAAGGCAUGGGAUACUCCUAAAGUCAUGGACAGCUGAGGACCAGGCUGUCCAGCUGCUCUAGGUCACUUUGUGGUAAUGUGGCUGAGUGACUUAGGGAAGAGCACAGAGGUGCAGCAUUUGGGACACUCAGGAUAGAGUCUCUGGCCAGCCCAUCCCUGCUGCAGGAGCUGUUGGGGUCUGGGUGGGAGGCAAGACAAUCAUACACCAAGUGCUAGCCCAAUAAACCCUUAAA